CCUGUUUUCUUCCCUCCUUUCACCCUAAUACUACCGUAUGCCUCCUCACUAUAAAGUUCGUCUCUUUCACUAUUACCUUUAGUCCCACCCUCCUACACCGUCAUUCCAAUUCCACAGCCAUCAUAGCUACUUGGUUCAUCAUUUCACCAGAAAUAUUCUAUAAAGAUCAUUUCUUUAUCCAACGCAAUACUAACUUGAUGAGGUUCCUCUGCGCUUCAUAGCGUCUUGAGGGCCUUUCAAUGGCAGAUAGCUUUGACAGGACGACCUCGACCCUUCUUUGUUCGGAGGACAGUGAUACCGGCGUUGCUGAUUUCGAAUGUAAUGCUGCAGAUGAUUCUGAAAUUUCCCGUUCUUUGAACCACCAAAACGCUGGUUCGAACUGGGGCGGGUUCGAAUCCGUAUUGGGUUUUCCCUUGCAGAGUGAAGAAACUUUGAGAUUAUUGGCUGAGAGGGAGAGAGUAUAUAUGCCCAAGGAUGAUUACCUCGUGAGAUUGCGUAGUGGGGACUUGGACUUGAGUGUUAGGAGAGAGGCUCUUGAUUGGAUUUGGAAGGUUCACAACUAUUAUGGUUUUGGACCAUUGAGCUUGUGUUUAUCCAUCAACUACUUUGAUCGGUUCCUAUCGAUGUAUGAUUUGCCUAGAAGCCACAAAUGGACUGGGCAAUUGUUAGCCGUGGCUUGUUUGUCAAUAGCAACCAAAGUGGAGGAAACCAAAAUGCCUCAAUUGAUAGAAUUUCAGGUUGAAGGAGCGAACUUUUUAUUUGAAGCUAGAACCAUUCAAAGAAUGGAGCUAUUGUUACUGAACACAUUGCAAUGGAAAAUGCAUGCUUUCACUCCUUGUUCCUUCAUAGACAACUUCCUCGCUAAAAUCCCUUACCACCAACAUACAGACACAUUCAAAUCAUCCAUUUCUAGAUCAAUACAGCUCAUACUGAGUAUAACCAGAGGUGUUGAUUUCUUGGAAUUCAGGCCUUCUGAGAUAGCCGCUGCCGUAGCCAUUUCUGUUUCAAGAGAACUGCAAUCGACUGAGCUUGAUAAGGCUAUAACUUGUUUUCUGAUUGUGCAAAAGGAGAGAGUCCUGAAGUGUGUUGAACUGAUCAGAGAUUUGUUUUUGGUUAGUGUUUCCUCUGCUAAUUUAGGGAGAAACUCGGGGGCAUUUUUACCUCAAAGUCCUAUGGGGGUGUUGGAUGCUGCAAGCUUGAGCUAUAAAAGUGAGGAACUAACAGAUGGAUCAUGGCCAAAUUCUUCACACGAUAGUCCAAAUGCCAAGAGGAACAAAUCAGGCAAAUCUGAAGACACUUCCAAGUCAUGAAAUGUGAACUUUUUCUCCUUCACGAAGGUUCUAUUAGUUUGGAUGAAUAACAGAUUUAAAAGAAAAAAAUUAAGAGAUCUCAUGCUUCUAGCAUUGGCAAGAGAGGUUGAUAAGCUGUUUAUAAUCGGAUUUCAGAAACAGCUGCAAAUUCUCCAGAGAUGCAGAUGGUAGAGGAAAUUUUGAUCAAAACCUGUUUGUUCUUGUGGCAUAGAAUGUCUAGCAUGGGUAUGCUAUUUUGAGAUAAAAGUUAUAAUUUUUUUUUUAAAUUCAUUUUCUCUGUUGUACUGAGAAGAGAUAGAAUAUAUGGAGGGAGAUUCUUUUGUUUU